GAAGAACGUUGUGUUGACUCGAUAAAAAGACGGCUAAUGUGGACAAAGUUUAAAAAAAAAAAAAAAAAAGCAAAGAAAGAAGUUAAAAAAGUGGUAACCCCGCAACAGAGAUAAUAUCCAGAGCAUGUUUAUAUAUCAGUGUAACACAUCCAGGAGAGAUCAUGGAUUAUAUUACUAGUUCCUCAUUUAGGCUCUCGUCAGAUCUGGCGUUUUAGCUAGCUAGCUAACAUUAGGUAGCUACAAGACUUCAUAAGAACAAGGAUUGAUUAUAUUUUCCAGGAUAUUGAAUUAAAAACGAGUCUUGCACUCUGAAGCCUCUUAAUUCUAAAGAUACAAACUUGUGUCAUUUUUAAAACGGGCUACCUUUUUUGUUGGAUGUUUUUCUCAGUACCAUGGACAGCGAAUGCUUAUCCUUGCUGCCGUCUGUCUGUGAAGUCCUUGCUGAUUCCAAACUUUUGCCACCUGAUGACACCUCUUUGGAGAAGCUUCUGGAUUGGUUCAAAGAUCUAACUAGCCAAGAUGACGGGCAGUCUCUUUUGCAACAUCAGCCAUGCCUAUUGCAGUUCUUGUACAGUGUGAUGGAAUCAGAAGUGGUGGAUCCCAUCAUCUUUUCCUUCUCCUUGAAACUCGCUGGGCUCCUGGCAGCUGAAGAGAGUGGCUUCUGUCUACUGCAGGAAAAAGGAGUGUUGGUGUCCAUGUUUGUGCCAGAUGGCUGGCAUGUGCUGGGCCUUUGGAAAAAUGCCUCAGUGCGUUGUGGGUGGCUCCAGGGACUGUGGAAUAUGUUGCAACACCCACCAGCAAUGGACUUCUUCUGCAGGAAUGGGAUAAUUACCUUGGUUCUCAAUCUUCAAAACGAUGAAAGCCUUUUCAUUACCUCAUUAACCAACCAGAUUUUAGCACACAUUUUAAACUGCAGCAUGCCACGAGUGUUGGGAAACGACACUGACAGUACGGCAGAAGGUCAAGCUCUUGUCAGUUCUGACUGGGUCUCUGUUACUACAGAGAUAAUGUCCCAUAUGUCUAGGUCAUUAGCUUCAGAGGAUCAGGCCGUCAUACUCCCAGGAUUAAGGUUAUUGGCCAUAGUUCUCACCCAGUGUGGAGACCCUCUCAAGAGACUGUUGUGGAAACACGUCCUAGAACCUCUGGAGGUACUAGCUAUUAGGAAGGGUGACUCAUUAACCCCACCCAUGAUGGCAGUUCUUCAGGCUGCUGCAAGGACUCCUCUUUAUAUCCAGCCAGAAUGUAGAGUGGAGGCAUUGAUGAAUGUCAUGUUGUAUUCAAGAAACACUAACGAGUCUGUGCUGUGUGCUGCAUCAAUCCUGCUACUGGAGAAGUGUUCAGAGGUUCUGAAAAGCAGAGCAACAGAUGUCAUCCUCCUUCCAGUGCUGUGCAUCACUGGGACUCAACAGCAUUUUCAUGAAUCUGAUGUGUUAAGUGGCCAUGAUUUACUAUUGGAUCUGCUGGCCCAGAGAGCAUCCUGCAUCUCCCUGCUCACUCAGAGUCUGUCCAGCAUAGCGGAACUUAUAUGCAAGAAGAAAUCUCUGGACAGUGUUUCCAUUCGUCUGAUCGGUUCUGCAGUGAUCUCACUUCUGAGGAUAUGUAUUGGCCAUUACCCCUCCACUAUACUGCAAGUUGGAAACUUCCCUCAUCUUAUUGGCUGCUGCAAGAUUCAGAGGUGUGGUCUGGAUGUAUUAGGGAGCCUCACUGUUUAUGAAGAGAGCAUGGACUUGAUUCAAGAGGCUUUCGCCAUUAUCCUACAGUAUAUGCAGAGUCCUGAUUCACAUGCGACGGUCUUGAAGAAAGCACAUCAGGCUGCUCUUAAAUGGUUUAGCAUUUGUUCACCUUCAACUGACUUAUGGAGGUUUGUCAGUAAUGACCUCUUUUCUGUGUUGAAGAAGCACGUAUGUGAUGGACGAUGGGAAGUGAGAGAUUCAACUCUAGAGUUCAUUGCUCAGCUUACUUCUGCACUGAAAGGUAACAGUGAGUACACUGAAGCUCUGCAUACUAAUGGCAUGAUCUCAGUGCUGUUUACUGCACUGUCAGAUGUAGAGGCGUAUGUCCAAGCAAGCGCGGUGGCUGCUCUUGGGGAGGCAUUAACUACAACUAACCUGCCCCUCUGUACCAGUCUUCAGGAGGAGAUUGUUUCCCAUCUGCUGACUGUCCUUGCUCAAGAUGCAGAGAGCUUCCCUCGUCGUGCAGCACUGAAAGUCUUCACGUCAUGGCUGAAAAUCCCACAGACUUUUGCGGCCUUGGACCAGUCUCUGAGCUCAGUCUUCUCAUUGGGUGGAAAUGACUGUGACUGGGAGGUGAAGAUUCACACACUGGAGUUAGCAGAUGUGUUGAUGGAGAAAUCACUAAGUCACUGUCCAUAUGCCGUUCAAGGCUAUGAACCUUCAGAAAGGUGUACAGAGCAAGCACUAAACAAGCUGAUGGAUUUAGGGACAUUGGGCUUGCUGUUUAAAUGCCUGUUUGACUGUGAUAGACCUGUCUCUCAGAAAGCCUGUGCACUCCUGCUGAAGCUCAGGGCAUUUAUGAAACAGACGUCUCACACUGAUGGCAAUGACCUUGCCCUUGAAAUAUGCAGGUACAAUUGGGGUGAGGAAAUACUUCAUAGAUACUGCAGCAAAAGGCCUGAACAGUCUGAUUGUGUAAGUAAUGAUGAUGAAGUGUCUUAUGAACAAAUAGACAUUGUAAAAUGUGAUCCUUGCUGGCCAAAAGAAAUUAGCCUCUGCAAGAUAUUAGAUGUAUUGGAUCUGGAUGAAAUGCAACACACUUUAUCACUAAGUAGUGAUCAUGUGAUAAAUUCACCCAGAUCUCUAAUGGAAGACAUUCUGUUUGUGGCUCACCAGAGUGAAGACAAUGUUGUGGACUGCUAUUGAGAAUGUGCAUUUGACUGCAGUAACCUGCCAUUGACUUGGUAGGUCUUGGCAGGUCUUGUCAUUGAUCAGUGUGCUUCUGUCAUUGGAUCCAUGUGCUCAGAGCUUUGUAUGAAGCAGAGUGGACUAUUUUUAUUAAUCUAUACAUCUAUUUGUGAUCUGCCCUGUUUUUCUGUAAAUAUUUAUAAUUGGGUCAUCCUUAUUAUCAAAUCUGAUACCAUGUCAAAAAAAAGCCAUAAUACUCUUAGUAUGUUUGGAUGUAAUAAUUCCUACAAGGGAAGGUUUUCACAGCAUUGAAAACUAUAUGUUCUCUUAAAAAGUCUCACCACCAGUUAAGAUUUGACAAUCUAGUUUACUUUCUUGUUCCUUGAUCUGAGUCUAAAGCGACUUCACCUAUUUUAAGCUAUUAUAGCUGGGGUGAAAAAGUGAAAUGAGCCCCAGAGGUGAGCUUUGAGGAUCACCAAUUUAAGUAGAUUGAUAAAUGCCCUAUUCACUGUGAAAUCAAAUAAAUAUGAUCACAUUGUAGCCUUUUUAGUAUCUGUUCUGAGAAGUGGGUCUUGGUUGCCAGUGCGUUUGAAAGAUGCUUGAACAUAAACAAAAAAAAUAAAUUGGAUGACAAUCUUUCAAUACUGGUCGUAUGCCCAACAUUUACUGAACUGUAAAAUCUGGACAUAGUUAAGGAAGCAUAUAAAAUUAGAAUGCAUUAGCUUUAUUUGGCUUGUGUAUCCAUUGCAAACACCAAGUUCCAAAUGCUUCUUUUCAGUUGGCUUUAUUGUCAUUUACCUUAGAAUUUCCGCACAUUCAUCUCUUUCCUCUUCCCCAGCCAUACACUUCCACACAUACGUACUCAUUAAAUAUCUGACUUGUGUUUGUUAAUUUAGAAUUAGAUCUAAACACACACCCGAAAUUUGAAUCUAUAAAAAUGGUAUCCUAACCUAACAGAUACGGUUCAUAUUUUUGGCAGAAUUCCCUCUGCAGCCACUAAGGAAUUGCUGCAUAAAGUAAAAUAUGCAUAUUAUUCACUGACAGUUCUGACAGUUCUGACAAUUUGGCGUGUGACCUCGCCCAUGACUUUACAGAUAUCAGUGAUGCCGGCCCUAUAUUUAUGCACUUGUUUGCCCUGACCUACAACAACACCUAGUGGCAGAAUAAGAAAAUGCGUUUGAAUUCUCCAAUGCAAGUGGCAAAGUAAAGAUUUUUAUAUUCUACCAUACAAUAUGUUUGCACUUUUAAUAAAGUAUGCUUGGUCAGUCCAAUAGAUGAAAAGUGAGCACCUUGCAGUAGAAUAACCACAUCUGAUAUAUUUUACAUUUUGGUGGCACAUGUUGCCCUGAAGAGUUGUUAAUUUCACACAACAUUGAACAUUACAGUUUAUUAGUAAUGUCCAUUAAUAACCUAUAUUUUUGUUUUUUGCAUUUCACUGCCCUGUAAAUGCUAAAUUUACUGUGUGUACCACCUGUUUGGUUUUUAUUUUCAUUGGUUCAGCUACAGUCUGUUCACAUUUAUUCUGUUACCAAGUUAUAGUAGUACAUCAAAAAUGUAUUAAUUCCCUGUGGUACAUUGUGAUUUGCUCUGUCACAAUACAUUGCAAGAGGAGUGCACUCUCUAUGAAGCCUAGUCAUUCCUCAUCCAGUGAAGCUCCUAGCCAGCCCUAUAUCAGUAUGUGAGGUAUCGCAAGCCAUUUCAAGCAAUUUCAUGCACAGUAGUAACAGCCCUGGUCAAAGGCUCAUUUAAAUGGCUUUAUACCUUUGCAUAACCUUGUACCCCAGCUGUCGACAAUGUUUAAUGUGUUGCUGAUGUCUUCCUCAAACAUUGAUAAAAGCCAAAAGGUCAAGUACUCUAAAUGUUGAGUGCUUGCUGCCCAAAUUUAUAGUAUAAUUGGGGAUAUAAAAAGUGCUAAAAUGUAUGCUGCGUAUUUAGAGCGUAUGUUCCCUAAAAUAAUUUCUCCUGACCAAUCUUGAUUUAUUAAACAGGUUUCUUUAAUUUCUGGAGACUUUAUAACCAGACUGAAUUUAAUAAAGAGAGAUUUUGUUAAUUUAAUUUCAGAACACAUUAUAAAACCCUUUAUCACCCUCUCCUGUCCGCAGUGACAAAAAUCCUUUGACCAGGUAGUAAUAAUAAUGUCUUAUUUGUCUUUAUUUCAGUACAUCCUAGUGUUCACACUUCAAUACUUUAUCAAUAAGCUUAACAUAGCAUUUUAAUUUACAUGGAAUUGUAAACCUGCUCCAAUUCAGAAAGGCUUUCUCAUCUGUCUCAUCCAUCACUGGCUUUGCUCAGCAGACUCUACCUCAUGUACCUUCAACCCUGGCAGCCCUGCUUCAUACACCUAGCUCAUCUCCUUUCACUGAUUUCAGUCAUAAUGGGGAUGUAAUCUGGACAUGCUUAAGAUGGCCCCAUGUCUGCCACUUUCACUGUUUUACAAUUUAUAAUUUUCUACCAUUCAUCAUUAAUAAAUCCUCUGUAACAUGGCACAACAUGGUGUUAAGGAGUUCAGUUGCCUAUACUACGAUGGACUUCUCUUAUCCUUUGAACAGAUGUGUGAAAUGUUUGCUAUGCUCAGGGCCGUUUUUCAUUUACGAAAUUUGUGACCUGUACAUGUGCAGUUGCAUCUCGGUUACAAAGGGCCACUAGGCAGAUGGUUGAUUAUGUUCUAGGUCCACUUCUAACAUAAUUUGUGAUCUUGUAUUGAAAUUGUACUCUACAUUAAUUCCUGAGAUCUGGGAAGCCAUUCUGCUUAGUGUACAUCUACUGCAAAGUUAAAUUAUACAUCCUAUAUAUUGGAGUAAACUAAAACUGUAGAACCUCUGUGCAAUCAAUGUAAAUCUUUCAUACAUGAAUAUUUACACUGAAUCUGAAAGAGUUUUGCUUCUCCACUUUAAAAAUAAUAUCUGGUGUCUUGUAUCAGCCCUUUUCCAAUUUUUUACCCUUCUUGCUCGAUGGUUAAUGCUGCUCAAGGGCAAAGAGCCAAAACCUUCAGUCUUUAUACACAGAGUCCGAGAUGUUCUUUACAUUUUACGAUUAAAAAAUGUCAAAUAGUCCUAUAGAAUCUACACACAGGUGAACCAAAACAUGGUGUCCCUUUUGGCAUUAUAUCAAUGAGCAUAUUUAAAUGGCCCCUAAUAAUUCACCUCCUAGUAGCUCUUAUCAAAUAUAUUUGAACUUUUAUACAGUUUCAGUAGAUUACAAUUUGUGUACAAAUGAAAUAUGAAUGAAUUUUGACAAACAUCAGUAUGGAGCCAUGACUCUCAAAGUACACAAAUACUGCAAAGCAAAAAGAAAACACCUGUUCAGUGAGGUUAUACUGGUCAAAUAAAGCUUUACCUUUACCAGUAUCAAUUUCUUAACUUUUAACCUGUUGUAAUGGCCAAGUUCUCUGAACAGGGUAGGUGACACUUCAUAAUAAAUUUUCAUUUGUCUACAAACAAUAAAAUACCGCCAUAUUACCAAAUGUCAGUACUGAUAUCCUAUUUUGAUAGGAAUAGUUUAAACAGACUGCUGCAGAUGAAAACAGACCAGCACACAUGCGCACACACAAACACACGGAUGAUAAACUUUUAAUAUGCGUUUGUUGUGUUACAAACAAAAUUAGUUUAUAAAGCACCCUUUAUAAUCCAUCUGCCAUUAGGAUAAAACACUUUUAAAAUGCGCUCAACACUGUACAAGGAAAUGGCACGCAGUGUUACAAGUUAUCACACUUUUUUUUUUUUUUUUUUUUUUUU